CAGCAGGCUUCCUGCUUUUCUUUCAGAUAUGGCCCCAUAUUAUGAAGCACUCUGCAAGUCUCUGGAAUGGCAGAUAGACAUGGAUCUGUUGAACAAAAUGAAGAAAGCUAAUGAGGAAGAAUUGAAGCGUCUUGACAAUGAAUUAGAAGAUGCGGAAAAGAUCUUGGGGGAGAGCGAAAUCCGAGAUGCAAUGAUGGCCAAAGCUGAAUACUUGUGCAGGAUUGGGGACAAGGAGGGAGCUCUGACCGCAUUCCGCAAGACUUAUGACAAAACUGUGGCACUGGGACAUCGUCUGGACAUUGUGUUCUACCUCCUAAGGAUUGGCUUGUUUUAUAUGGAUAACGACCUCAUCACACGGAACAUUGAAAAGGCAAAAAGUCUAAUAGAAGAGGGAGGAGACUGGGACAGGAGAAAUCGUCUCAAAGUGUACCAGGGCCUUUACUGCGUAGCUAUUCGAGAUUUCAAACAAGCAGCGGAGCUCUUCCUUGAUACAGUUUCGACGUUUACAUCCUAUGAACUUAUGGAUUACAAAACAUUUGUAACGUACACUGUCUAUGUCAGUAUGAUUGCGUUAGACAGGCCUGACCUCAGGGAAAAGGUUAUUAAAGGAGCAGAGAUUCUGGAAGUGUUGCACAGUUUGCCAGCUGUACGACAGUAUCUCUUUUCUCUUUACGAAUGCCGUUAUGCAGCCUUUUUCCAGUCAUUAGCUAUUGUAGAACAAGAGAUGAAAAAAGAUUGGCUGUUUGCACCUCACUAUCGAUACUACGUACGGGAAAUGAGAAUUCAUGCAUAUAGCCAGCUCCUAGAGUCUUACCGGUCACUGACAUUAGGAUACAUGGCAGAAGCAUUUGGAGUCAGUGUAGAAUUCAUAGAUCAGGAGCUUUCAAGAUUUAUUGCAGCUGGGCGAUUACACUGCAAAAUAGACAAAGUAAAUGAGAUUGUAGAAACUAACAGGCCUGAUAGCAAGAAUUGGCAGUACCAAGAAACCAUCAAGAAAGGAGAUUUGCUGCUAAACAGAGUUCAGAAACUUUCCAGAGUAAUUAAUAUGUAAUUUUUUUAAUGCAAGGAAAUGCAAAAUUUAGAUGUUAAAAAGAUUUUGGAAGUAACCUAUAAAUAUAUUGUAUAACUUGGUAUACUGUAGGUAAAAAUAAUUACUAGCAAGAGGGAUAGUGUUUUUACUUGCCACUUCAUUAUGUAAACAAUGUUCUGUUUUGGUGUACGGAUCCCAGUUCAUUUAUUAAAUGUAUGAUACAGUUGGUGAUCUCUUGUAAUAUACUUUGUUCCUUUACUUGACUGUGUAUGCAGUGCUCAAUAUUUAAUAGCAAAGCAGCGUCAAGGUCUGUGAACAGUGAGAACUGAUGGUGAUCUGUGCUUGCUGUAAGAAUUCUGUAUUUGAAUCAAAGGUGAAAAGAAUCAGUUGCAUAAUAGUAAAGUAGCCAAAAAUUUUAGUGGAGAUUGUGCACUGUCCAGACAGGAGGAGCUCUUGUUCGGAGAGGAUUACAGCUUAAGGGAGAAGGAAUAAGGACGAAAAUGACUGUGGUGAAGCAAUGAUAUAACCACAAAGAGCUAUAACGUUGGGAACAUCUUUAACUGAAGUAGCCUAUCCCUUAAAAUGCCAUUUUUGCUAGCUGUUGAAAAGAAAGUCAGCACAGUAGCAAAGCAUUACAUGUGUAAUCACUUCCUCUGUUAGAGUGCAGAUGUCAGAAUGAUGGUAGGAGCAGCGGAAGAUACUAUUGCAGUUUGACAGAACGGAUCAAAUACUGUAGGGGGUUACGAUUUCUUUCUUCACAGCUGCUGAGGAAUAAACGUUUCAAGCAGGCUGCAGCCAUGCUGAUGACACAUGGUUUCUGGCCCUAGCAGAGCUACGGCAGCAGCUGUUUGCUGGCUUGGCUCAGCUUGAGGUUUCUUUUUUCCUCCCAGAGAAAGUCUGUGACUUAGUUCUGUUAGCUGUUUGAUCCCACUGCACUUAGCAACAGAAUUCAUUUACUGUCUGUGUUCAUUUGUGCUCCAAGUAACACCAGCAGGUAGAUAGACCCAGAGGAUGAGCCUGGCCUUUGGAGGCCACCGUGCAGCAACUUAGGCCAGCGUGGGAUUCCACGUGCCCACUCCUCGUGCUGGCAGGAUCACAGAGGAUCCCCUGUCUUUGAAUCGCUGCCACCUGCCUGAGGUUAAACUCAGCCACAGUGGUGAGGGUCUGUUAAUAUCCUCUGUUGAACUGUUCUGAAACCCAAAAAUAUGACCUAAUGAUUUUUAGUUUUCUUUUACUACUUACUAGAAGCUGUUUUGAUUUUUGCUCGGUUUGUUGGGUUUUUUCCCCCAAGAUAUAACUACUUAGCUAGAGUUUGAAGAUUCAGAUUUCAGACUGUACUGAUUAGAAGAAAAUUCUGAUCUUCCCUUUCUUUAGAAUAGUGAGAGUAGUAAAAGAGAACCCUAGUUUGUUCACCACAUGGCCAGCUGUUGAUUCUUUGUGUGUUCACACGUGCCACUUCUUACAAAGUUUUAAUUAAUUUAGGCCAAGAUUCAGACUUGUCAGAGCUGCAGUGAUCUCAGUUUUCCUCGAUCUGUUCUGUAUCAAAUAAAUAAAGCAGAGCUAGCUAGGAAGGCUUCGGUUCUGGCUGCCUGUUGGUAACAUCUUCCCUACGUGCAGAUGUGAAGCGCAGGGGCCGUGGGCUUCGCUGAAUUGAGGGAUGUAAUUUCUGGUGCACAGAUGGAUUUUCCUUUCCAAUGUAUCUGUAUUUAAACUGGCCUUAAUUAACUAUAUCAGAAUUUUGCAAAAUAAAGGCCAAGGUUUCCAUCCAGCUUAAGUAUUACCAUAUAUAUUUUUAACUGUAAGUUGAAGGGAAUAGAAACUUACUUAGAACUAGGCUGCUCUAGGCUUUGUUCACUUGAGAGAAAUCUUGCUGCUCUUUUAGUAAGAGCACUGGAAAAAAAAAACCCUGGAAAUGUCUACUUUGUGAGGAAAAUAAAAGUAUUACUAAAGA